GAUUUUUCAGGUUGCGACUUGGAGCGUUUUUUUGUGGCUUCUUUAACCCUGGCCACUGCUUUCGACGCUUUUGAGCAUACAUGCCGUAUUUGGAGCGGCUGAGAGACACUAUCUUCGCUUGAGGCGCGCUGCUUGAGUCGGUGUUGGCUAGCUACCCCUGUUCGGACGGCGACGACUAUCUCAAAUACAAGUCUUGGAGUUUGCAUGAUUCCAACAUACGGAAUUCGAAAUUCGCCUUGCCCCGAUUCUUUUCACAAUCCAGUCAAUAUGACAAGACAUCACUCCCCAGAAGACGAAUACAUCCCCUACGGCCGCGGUGGCGCGGGAAAUAUGCGUAAAUCCCAUCCGAUCCCAUUCCACACCAACCACCUCUAACACCCUCCCAGGCCGCAAGUCCGCCAUCCGCGAAUCGUGGUUCAAAAUUCUCGCGUCGGAGCCUUCGCCGUCACCCCUAGUCCUCACCUCCAGUCCCGACGACCACUACGCGGCGUCAAAAUCCGAGCCGCGGCGGCGCAGCACACAUAGUAGCAGUGCAUGGAGUACGAGUACGGCUGGGGAGCGGAAAAGCGGGUGGAGGAGGUGGCUGGGGAGGAGGAAGGAGAGUGUUGCUGAAGAGGUGGAGGGGAAGGAGGAUGUAUGAGAGGUGGGAUUGAUGCUUGGGAUAUGCUGCUGUUAGCGAUAUGAUACCACUUUUUCUUUUGGGUUUCGGUUAGCGCUACGUCAUGAUAGUGUCGAUCAAACGAAUACAAUGAAGUUCA